ACACGCUCUCAGAUCAGUGCUUCGAUUUCUCGGCCGGAGGGGCGGUUUUUGUUCUUACACCGGAGAAUUUAUUACAGCCAUGAGAUCUGCCAAUUCUUACUGCUCCACCUUCGAAUGCGACCGGAAUCCGCCCCAUUUUCUCGACUCUUGCUUCCUCUGCCGAAAGCAACUCAGCCAGAAAAGCGAUAUUUAUAUGUACAGAGGAGACACGCCGUUCUGCAGCCAGGAAUGCAGACAAGAACAGAUAGAAAUGGACGAGGCGAAUGAAAAGAGAUUAAAGGUUUCGAAGAGAUCGAACGCCGUUCGGACACAGAACAAGGAUUCUUCCAAGGAAUCCGAUGCCAACAAGGCUGUAAGAACAGGCACUGUAGCAGUUGCAUGAAGAAUUAUAUAUAUAUAGGAAAAUUAAAAUAAAAGAAAACGAUGAAGCUGCUAUAUAUAUAUAUAUAUAAUCUGCUGCAAAUUCCCAGUGGCUCCGAUGAACAUCAUGGUGGAAGCCAAGAAAGAUUUUUUUUUUUUUUUGAGAAAUUAGGGCUGGGAUUUGAUCUGUAAAGAAAACUGGUGAAGAUGCGAGAAGCAAGGCUCAAUCUAACAAUUUUGAUUUUUUUUUUUUUUUUUUUUUUUGUGUUUUUAUAAUAUCGAAUAUCGAUGAUCUCUACUUUGUAUGCUAAUCUAUAAAAGAAUAGAAGCAUAUGAUGAAUGAAAAUUACAAUGUAAAUCUAUUUAAUUUUUAUUUUUAAUUUUCUUUUAUUUA